UAGGUUGCUUGUGGAAGUCAGAGCACAUACCAGGACAGUGCUGAGCAAGAUGGACUUGGAGAAGGACCAAUCUCAUUUGAAGCUCCACCAGACACCGGACCCUCAUCCACAAAAGACCUGUGCUCCAGAAAUCAUUGGAACUUGGAGUUUGCGAAGCCGAGAACAACUCAGGAAAAGAAAAGCAGAAGCGCAAGAGAUGCAAAUGUCACAAUGGCUUCUUGGAGAACAGAAAAAACGCAAGUGUAAGGGAACAGGAAAAAGAAAUCAAAGAAGUCAAAAGAGACAACAAAAUAUAAACUCAAAGCUGGAGCUUCCGUCACAAACUGAACAGGAAACAACAGAGAAAAAGUUUGCACCUGCUGAGAAAGAAACAGGGCAUCCUGUGACAGAAGCACUGGUGUUAGUCUCCCCCCUAAAAGCUGUGCCUGCAGAACAUUGUUCUGAAAUACACCAAUGCCAGGAAAAUUCUUCCAAGUACCAGGAAACAGCAAUACAAAAUCAUUCUUCUCAAACACACCAAAAUAUGGCCAAAGCUGAAGAAGACCUUUUUCCUAACAUGUGCCAAGAAACUGCUGUGCCCCAAGAGCAUUCUUCUAAGGUACACCAAGAUAUGGAUGAAUCUGAAAUCCUCUAUCCUAACAUGUACCAGGAAACAGCUGUGCCUCAAGAACAUUCUUCCAAAGUAUACCAAGAUAUGACUGAGCACUCUCCUAACAUAUGCCAAGAAACUGCCAUGCCUCAAAACUAUUCUUCCAAAGCAUACCAAAUUAUGGCUGAACCUGAAAUUUUCUUUCCUAAAACAUGCCAAGAAAUAGGUGUACUUCAAGACCAUCCUUUGAAAAUGUGUCAAAAUGUAGCCGAUCCUGAGGUCCUCGCUCCUAAAACAUGCCAAGAGACAGUAGCUCCCAAAACACUUCCCUAUACAACACCUGGAGAUGCAGCUGGCCCAGGAUGCUCUCCUGAAACAUCUCCCAGAUCAGAUGUGCCUGAAGGCUGUCCUCUCGACACAAGCCCCAAACUAACUGGACCAGAGAAAUUCACCUCUACACUAGAACAGGGAACAGACAUAACUGAAGACUUCUUGCCCCAAACACAAAUAUCUUUGUCUGAAGCUGUUUUUACAAAAACACACAAAGAAGCCAUUGAACCUAAAUACUCUUCUUAUGAAACCUAUAAAGAAAUCACUGUGCCUUCUGAUAAAACAAUUCAAGAAACACCUGGGCCUGAAGGAAAGUUUCCUGAAACAUGUCAACAAACACCUGGGCCUGAGAAGUAUGCUCCUGAAACCUACCAGGAAACACCUGGGCCUGAACAGUAUUCCCCUGAAAUGUACCAAGAGGCACCCGGGGAGGCACCCGGACCUGAGAACAAGUCACCUGACACCUAUCAAGAAAUGCCUGGGCCAGAAGACCUCUCUAUCAAAACCUGUAAGCACAGGGAUGGGCCUAAAUAUGGCUUUCCAGAACCAACCCAAGAAGCAAGUGUGCCCCAAGGUCAGGACCCUGAUGUACCCCAGGAAGAUGUUGAGGACUCCUGUGCUAUCUCUCAAGCCAGUGAUGACAUAGAAAUGGAAGAAAAAGCCAAAGCUGAUCAAGGUCCAGAAAUAGCAGUGAAUCCAUAAGGUCUUCAAGAGAUCUGUCCAGAAAAUGACAGCUACAGUUAUGCUUUGUUUUAACAUUACUCAACAUUAAGGGUGUGGUCUAAAGGCAUAUACAUCUUCUUUUGUGUGUAUGAUUUUCCCAAUACAUUAUAAGAAAAGCUAUAUUUUGCAUUAUUAUUUGAACUUACUCAUUUCCCAUUUAUAGACCAUAUCUGAAAGAGAGAACUAACAUUUUUAAGGCUAAUACAGACAAUAUUUUUCUAGUGUGGUGUGUGUGUGUGUGGAAGAUGGUAGAAGGAAGGAGCAAGUAAGAGAAGGCGAAGGGAUGAAUAAUCGAGUUUUCCUUCCAAGAACAAACAUUUAUUUGAUCAUUCUGGAGAGCUAUAAGCAAUUUAAUCUGAACACUUAACAUUUUGAGAGUAUAUAGUUUCUUGUAAAGUUUUAUUCAAUUGUUGAUGUCAUAAUAACCCCAUAACUUUAUUCAACCCUUACAUGACUCUCUAAGUUAAUUUGAGCAAUUCUUAUUCUAGAACUCCUUGAAAGAUG